AUGUCGAACGAUUCAGCUCAUAAACCAUUGUUAUCUACGGAGGAGUUAGGUCCCAAGGCUCAAGACUUCAACCAAAACUCAAAAGCUUCUUCACGAAAAAGAAAAUUGCGUCGCUGUAGAAGCGCUCCUCGUGGUGAUUCUAUGUACAAUGAUGAUGAUGAUGAUGUCAAAAUCGACGAACCACAUCCUAGUAAAAUCCCAAUGUUCAGGGAUCUAAACCCGAAUUUCAUGCGAGUCAUCAUGUUCUUGGUUUUGUAUCUAACCAUUGGUACUCUCUGUUUCUACCUCGUGAGAAACCAGAUCUCCGGUCAUAAAACCAACGGUGUGUUAGAUGCCGUCUAUUUCUGUGUUGUAACGAUGACAACCGUUGGAUAUGGUGAUCUUGUCCCUAGUAGCUCCACCUCGAGGCUACUCGCUUGCGCGUUUGUCUUCUUGGGAAUGGCCCUCGUGGGUCGCCUAUUAAGCCGAGCAGCGGAUUACUUGGUGGAGAAGCAAGAGACUUUGCUUGUUAGGGCUUUCGAUUUGAGCAAAACCUCUGGUCAAACAGACGUUCUCAAGGAGUUGCAUACGAAGUUGAGACAUAAAUGCUAUAUGACAUUCCUGGUUCUUGUAGUCCUCUUCCUCCUCGGUACGAUUUUCCUUGCAACCUUUGAGAAAAUGCCGGUUAUUGAAGCUUUCUACUGUGUUUGUUCAACCGUUACAACAUUGGGUUAUGGAGAUAGGAGCUUUAGCUCUGGAACCGGACGCCUUUUCGCUGUGUUUUGGAUCUUGAUGAGCACUAUAUGUUUGGCUCAGUUUUUCCUCUAUGUAGCUGAGCUUAAUGCAGAGACCAAACAGAUGGAGUUAGUGAAAUGGGUUUUAACAAGGAGAAUCACAAACAAUGAUCUCGAAGCAGCUGAUCUCGAUGGAGAUGGAGUCGUCGUAGUUGCAGAGUUUAUAUUAUAUAAAUUGAAAGAAAUGGGGAAGAUUGAUGAGAAUGAUAUUGCUGGGAUAAUGGAAGAGUUUGAGGAACUCGAUUGCGAUGAUUCGGGAACUUUGACGAAUUCUGACAUUGUUCUAGCUCAAACGACGCCAUAG